AUGGUGGUGUUUCCCGACGAGGUGGAGGUCGAGGACUUCCAGCACGAUGAGGACUCGGAGACUUAUUUCUACCCCUGCCCCUGUGGGGAUACCUUUACCAUCACCAAAGAUCAGCUUAUGUAUGGAGAAACAAUCCCAGCACCCUCCACCAAUAAAGAAUUAGUUAAACGCUGA